AUGCUGCUGAACUAAUUGUUAAGUUAAGUUGAUUACUAGUGUGACCAUGAUUUAGGAACCUUAUUUCUUUUUUAGAACUUUAAUACUUAACAAUGGAUACUUUUGGCUUGCUAAUCGUUAUCCUUUUAUCCUUGGGUUUUAGUCAAGCCCAAUUGGCCGAUCAUUACAAUUUCACAGUUCACAAGCGAUUUGCUAGAUCAGUGGUGAAUAUGGAUGAGCUGCUGCAAUUGAACGAAGAACUGGCCCUUAACUUGGAAAAGUAUGCGUCUGAUUUGGCCGAGAAAGCUCAUACCAUUAACAAGGGUAUUAACCAGAUGAUGAAUAGGCACUUGCAUUUGGACCAAGGAAGAUCAGAAAAAUUUUGGUCUAGCCCUUUAAAUAGUUACGCCCUCAUUCGUCAUAUGCAGUCAGACUGGAGUUUCUGGAGCAUCUACAUGGAAAAGCCAGUGGGUUUGGACAAAAUUACUUAUCUAGAGUCCAUGAAACCCUCUUUGCCUCAGAAAUGGGACUUUGAGGAUGCAGCUAAGGGCAUUCGAAGGAUGCAAGAAGUAUACGGGAUGUCAACAAAGGACAUGGCAAAGGGUUUGCUAAAUGGAGUGCAAUAUAAUUCCUCCUUAACAGCUCGCGAAUGUCUGGAAUUGGGUCUAUAUCUAAUGAAUGACUUCCGAUGGUUGGAAUCUGAGGAGUGGAUUUAUGCAGGUCUUGCAGCUCUAGAUCGGGCAGAUACUAAAUCGGAGAUGCAUUUGUUUGGAGCACCAAAAAAAUCUUUGUUAUACAGGACUCUGGCGAAAAAUAAACUAAGGCAGAAUAAACUUCAAGAAGGCUUGUCAGCCUAUCAAGCUGCCUUAGGAGAGAGUCCUCACGAUGCGGAAUUGUUUAAAGAGUUUCAGUUCGCUGAAACAAUGGUUCUAACUAAACCAGGAAUACAUCUAAACUUUUCCAAACUAGAAGAGUCAAUCAAACAGGAUAACUUGUUGUACACCCGCUGCUGUAAUGGUCAUUGUCCGGUGGACAGAAAACUUCGGCUAUACUGUGUUUAUAAUACCACUUCCUCUCCUUUCUAUCGCCUUGCUCCUUUGAAAGUGGAGAUCCUUUCAAAAGACCCCCAUAUAGUUAUUUUUCACGACAUUGUCUCCUUCGAGGAACGUAAGCGUAUUCGAAAGGGAAGCAAAAAUUACCUAAUAGCGUCCAGCACCUUUAAUAUGACCUCGGGUACAUAUCAGAUUGAAACUACGCGCACUUCAAAGUCGGUUUGGAUCCAAUCGAAUUCAAACAACCUGAGCCAGAAGCUAACCAAUGUGAUGGAGGAGGCAACUGGUCUGGAUAUGAACUAUUCGGAGAUGUUCCAGGUGAUAAACUAUGGCGUUGGCGGGGUCUUUGAGGUCCAUUUUGACACGCUACUAAGGGAUGAGGAUCGCUUUAAUGGAACCGAAGACAGGAUAGCCACCCUGCUUUAUUAUCUGAGUGAUGUCCCCCAAGGCGGUGCCACCGUGUUUCCAGGUCUCAACCUUACUGUAUUCCCUCAGCCAGGAUCUGUUCUCUUCUGGUACAAUCUGGACAACAAGGGCAAUGAGGAUCUAAUGACGCAUCACGUCGGCUGUCCUGUCAUCGUGGGUUCGAAAUGGGUUAUGAGCAAGUGGAUAAAUGAUCUAGGACAGGAGUUUAGAAGGCCUUGUGUUGAACUGUGAUUUAUUUAUGUAAUUUAUGAACUUCUGUAAACUUAGUGGCUUAGCACAAUUAAUGGUUUGAGGAAGAUAAUCUCUGCCUUGAAGGGGGCAAACAAUAAAAAAGGAUAUUCUUUCUUGCGUUGAUAAAAACAAUAAAGU